ACUGUCACGCAAAGCCCCAACUCCACCCAGUCUGAGGUCAGGAAGGCUUCCUGGAGGAAGGUCCAUUUAAUGGGAGACCUGAAAGAGGGCUGAGGCGGGCAGGUGAAGGGGCCGGGGCAGAGCAUGGGCGAGGACCCUGCGGUGUGACAAUUUCUUCCCUGGCCCUCUGCAUAUCGGGUGUGAAUCUGUAGAGCACCCAGCCCACGUGUCCACCGCUUGCCCUUUCCGCCAACGUGCAGGAGCCACACUGCCUCUUGUCACACUGGCGGGACCCACACCCUUAUCUGCGUCCCCAUCUCAGAAGCUGCUGUGUAGUUUCUGGCCGUCAGCUCUGGGCAGGAAGGAGGGGAGGGGUCAAGGCUGCUGGACCUGUGCAUGGCAAAGUCUGGGUGCCCCCUUCUCAGAGUCUGGAGACCCCGCCUACCCAUGGAAUGGGUCCGUGUGCUGCUGCCCCUUGGUGCCUGCACGCAGCCUGCUCCCUGGGAAGCUGUCCCCCGGCCCCUACCCUUGUAGGUAGUUUUAAAAAAGAAAGUUUGGGACCAGUGCUUGUGGGUAGAGAGUUGAGCCAGCAUCGUGUACAAAGCGCCUACUGGAAUCCCGGCUGCUCUAUUUCCCAUCCGGUUCCUUGCUGAUGCUCCUGGGAGAGCAGCCGAAGAUGGCCCAAGUGCCUGAGCCCCUGCCAGGGAAGCCUGGAUGGAGUUCCUGGCUCCCAGCUUGGGCCUCGCCCAUUCUUGGCUAUUGUGGCCAUUUGGGGAGAGAACCAGCGUGUGGGGUCCUGGGGCCCAGCUGCCCACACUCCCUUCCUGCCCGCGUCUGUGUUUAUCUCUCUGGGCUUCACUUACUUCAUCUGGGAAAUGGAUUGAGUGGGCUAAUGUAAAAUGCUGACCACAGUGUCCAUCACACAGCAGGUGCGACUAUUAAUACUGCUGGGGUCAGGCACUGUGGCAUACCGGGGUAAAGCCGCCGCAGGCCCAGCUCUGGCCACUGUGGCCAUUUGGGGAAUGAUGAAAGACUCUCUCUCUCUCUCUCUCUCUCUCUGCCUCUGCUGCUUUCUAACUCUGCCUUAUAAAUAAAUCUUAAAGAAAAAAUGCUGCUGGGGUUGGUGUGAUUCGGAUGCUGUCACUGGGCUUCUCUUCAGUCUUCUAGAAUAUUCUGCCACUAUUACCCAGAUAAAGAGGAGCCAGUGUGGAGACAGGAGGCUUGGUCUGCGUCUCUGGUUUCCACGCCACCUUCGGGGCACAGGAAGGCAUCUAUUGAGGAUAGUUUUGAGGGGGUGAGCACCCUCCUGUGGGCGAAGGGAGGAGAGGUUGAGGAAGAGGCUAGAGCAGGAGGCGGUGGCCAGCGGGGCACAGCUGUGAGGGCAGCGUUGGAACUGGACAGGUGCUGGGGGACGCCCUGUCUCUGUGUGUGACUCCUCUGGGAGCCCAGAGCGCCAUGGAGCCCCUUGGGGUGCACCCAGGGCCCAGGUGUGUGGUCUCCCCUGAGCUCAGCCACCCCCUGCAGCCUGGGAGCCCGCCGAGGGCACGGAUGGGCAGCCAGCGGCAGGAGGAACCUGAGCCUUUAGGGCUGCACCGACUUCGGGGGUUUGCCCCCGCCCACUCUAACCUGCCCAUGGAGUGAAGCAGUCAUUCCUCUGUGUGCUUCCGCCAGGCUUGAUGGCUCUCGGCCAGGGAAAGCGAGUACUUCCCAGCUGCCAGUGAGCCUGGGGGGUCCCCAGCCUCCCGCGCCCAGGCUCACCCCUUUCUCCUUCCCAGGCUUGGGGUGCGGGGGAGGUGCUGCGAUCACAGAGGUCACCCCCAAAGGAGCCCUGCCUGCCGCUGGCCUCGCCACUCCCCACCCCCACUCCAGACCCCUGGUGCCAGGGCUGGCACGCGAUGGCCCCGGAAGUGCCCGCCGCCCGCCCCGGAGCGUGCGGCCUGCGAUUUUCCUUGCACACAGCACUUUGUGACUCUGACGCAGACUUCAAACGGCCCCCUUUCCUGUGUUGACAACAAGGAAAUAGGUGGCAUUUCAGAGAAGCCUGCUGGCAGGAGCGCCCCAGACACCAGGCCUUCCGGCCCGCAGCCCUGCCCUGCUCUGGCCUCGGCGCCACUGCUCCGGCACCCAGGUGAGUGGCAGGCCUCGGGCCUGCUGCCCAGGCCUGGCCGGUAUCAGGGCCACCCCAGGACCUCGGCCUCGGAGUGGAACUGCCCCCCAGGGUGUGUUGAGGCGCCCAGGCGCUCAGCCUGCGAGGGGCGGCGGCGGCCAUGCCGGACCCCGCGGCGCACCUGCCCUUCUUCUACGGCAGCAUCUCGCGCGCCGAGGCCGAGGAGCACCUGAAGCUGGCGGGCAUGGCCGACGGGCUGUUCCUGCUGCGCCAGUGCCUGCGCUCGCUGGGCGGCUACGUGUUGUCGCUGGUGCACGACGUGCGCUUCCACCAUUUCCCCAUCGAGCGCCAGCUCAAUGGCACGUACGCCAUCGCGGGCGGGAAGGCGCACUGCGGCCCGGCCGAGCUCUGCGAAUUCUACUCGCGCGACCCCGACGGUCUGCCCUGCAACCUGCGCAAGCCCUGCAACCGGCCAUCGGGCCUCGAGCCGCAGCCCGGAGUCUUCGACUGCCUGCGCGACGCCAUGGUGCGUGACUACGUGCGCCAGACGUGGAAGCUGGAGGGUGAGGCCCUGGAGCAAGCCAUCAUCAGCCAGGCCCCUCAGGUGGAGAAGCUCAUUGCCACGACAGCCCACGAGCGGAUGCCCUGGUACCACAGCAGCCUGACGCGCGAGGAGGCUGAGCGCAAACUCUACUCCGGCGCUCAGACCGACGGCAAGUUUCUGCUGAGGCCCCGGAAGGAACAGGGCACAUACGCACUGUCCCUGGUCUACGGGAAAACCGUGUACCACUACCUCAUCAGCCAGGACAAGGCGGGCAAAUACUGCAUUCCGGAAGGCACCAAGUUCGACACGCUCUGGCAGCUUGUGGAAUACCUGAAGCUGAAGGCGGACGGGCUCAUCUACUGCCUGAAGGAGGCGUGUCCCAACUCCAGCGCCAGUGCCGCAGCAGGGACCGCUGCUCCCACACUCCCGGCCCACCCAUCCACGUUCACCCAAAGACGAAUGGACACCCUCAACUCAGAUGGGUACACCCCCGAACCAGGAUACACCCCCGAGCCAGCGCGCCUAGCUUCCCCAGAGAAGCCGCGGCCGAUGCCCAUGGACACGAGCGUGUAUGAGAGCCCCUACAGCGACCCCGAGGAGCUCAAGGACAAGAAGCUCUUCCUGAAGCGUGAGAACCUCCUUGUGGCUGACAUCGAACUUGGCUGCGGCAACUUUGGCUCCGUGCGCCAGGGCGUCUACCGCAUGCGCAAGAAGCAGAUCGAUGUGGCCAUCAAGGUGCUGAAGCACAGCACGGAGAAGGCGGACAAGGACGAGAUGAUGCGUGAGGCGCAGAUCAUGCACCAGCUGGACAACCCCUACAUCGUGCGGCUCAUCGGCGUGUGCCAGGCAGAGGCCCUCAUGCUGGUCAUGGAGAUGGCGGGCGGCGGGCCCCUGCACAAGUUCCUGCUGGGGAAGAAGGAGGAGAUCCCCGUGAGCAACGUGGCCGAGCUGCUGCACCAGGUGUCCAUGGGGAUGAAGUACCUGGAAGAGAAGAACUUUGUGCACCGUGACCUGGCGGCCCGCAACGUCCUGCUGGUCAACCGGCACUACGCCAAGAUCAGCGACUUUGGUCUCUCCAAGGCACUGGGUGCCGACGACAGCUACUACACGGCCCGCUCAGCAGGGAAGUGGCCGCUCAAGUGGUACGCGCCCGAGUGCAUCAACUUCCGUAAGUUCUCUAGCCGCAGCGACGUCUGGAGCUACGGAGUCACCAUGUGGGAGGCCUUCUCCUACGGCCAGAAGCCCUACAAGAAGAUGAAGGGCCCCGAGGUCUUGGACUUCAUCAAGCAGGGCCGGCGGAUGGAGUGCCCACCGGAGUGUCCACCUGAGAUGUACGCACUCAUGAGCGACUGCUGGAUCUACAAGUGGGAGGACCGUCCAGACUUCCAGGCGGUGGAACAGCGCAUGCGGGCCUAUUACUACAGCCUGGCGAGCAAGGCGGAGGGGGCCCCGGCGGACGGCCAGGGUGCCGAGGCUGCCUGUGCCUGAGCUCGUGCCCAGCGUGGACUGCAGACCGCUGGGCCCUCGGCCGGCUCCCAGGACCCGCGCAGUGCAGCUGAGGCCGGCGGCAGGUCGUUUCCUCCCACCAGGGACACCCCAGCCCCAGCGUUCCCCAUGCGGUCCCCUGCCUGGCCACGGGAGGAGGGGAGGUUUUGGGAGGGGGCCUGGUGCUGGCCCGGGAUCCACUGGGGGCCCCGUCAGGAGGGAACCCUCGUUCUACUGGGCCUUGCCGGGGGGGCAAGGUGUUUGUCAUAAAAUAAACUCAGUUCUCUGUC